UGGGGAUUCCAUAGCAACCGUCGAUAAACAUGAGUUACUACAUCAGACCCUCCAGUUCCUCCAGUUUCACCUCUACUGCCACAGCGAGUGCCCUAGAAGAUGACAGCAUCAGUCUCAGGCAGCAGAAACUGGAGAAGCAGAGGGCACUGUUGGAACAGAAGCAGAGGAAGAAGCGUCAGGAGCCCCUAAUGGUGCAGCCCAACCCAGAGGCGCGUCCACGGCGAUCACGACCUCGUCGCAGUGAAGAGCAGGCGCCGCUGGUGGAGUCUCCCCUUAGCAUCACCAGCGAUGUCAUCUUAGACGCUGGGAUAGAUGGUCCGGCGGCAUUGCUAGGCUCCGAGGCUCCUGACCUGGUAAGCAAGGUCCACAUCCUGUCAGUCAGCCAACCCUCACAGUCGCCCCCUGCAGACGAGCCAGAGAGAGACGGGGACACAGAGUCACUGCUGCAGCCCAAAACAGACAUUCACGAACUGCUUCAGAAACGAGGACUGUCAGGCAGUGUGAAUUAUGAUGAGCCCAGUGAGGAUGAGGAUGAGGAAGAGGAGGAGAGGGCUUGCUCGCUUUCACCCAACACAGAGUCUGCCCGUCCAGCCUCAGCCUCCAGCACCAAGUCCAGCACGGAGCUCGUGGCCCCGGGCUCUCCUCCAGCUGAGGGCUCUGCCAUUGAAGUGGAUAACCUGGAGGAGUUUGUGCUGCGGCCAGCUCCUCGCGGUGUCACGGUGAAGUGCCGUAUAACCCGGGAUAAGAAAGGCAUGGACCGCGGCCUCUACCCGACCUACUUCAUGCACCUGGAGAAAGAGGAUGGCAAAAAACUGUUCCUCCUGGCUGGCAGAAAGAGGAAAAAGAGUAAGACCUCUAAUUAUCUUAUCUCAGUGGAUGCUACAGAUCUGUCCCGUGAGGGCGAGAGCUUCGUAGGCAAGCUGAGGUCGAAUUUGAUGGGCACUAAGUUUACGGUUUAUGAUAAUGGCACAAAUCCCUGCAAAACAUCUGGAGCCCUGCUAGAGGAAAACAACACACGACAAGAGCUUGCUGCUAUUUGCUACGAGACAAAUGUUCUAGGAUUUAAAGGGCCACGGAAAAUGACUGUAAUUAUACCUGGAAUGAAUAUGAAUUUCGAGCGUGUACCUGUCCGGCCAACUAGCGAGCAGGAUUCCUUGCUGAGUAAAUGGCAGAAUCACUCUUUGGAUAAUCUGAUUGAACUACACAAUAAAGCUCCAGUGUGGAACGAUGACACGCAGUCCUACGUACUCAACUUCCACGGCCGCGUCACUCAGGCCUCUGUCAAAAACUUUCAGAUCGUCCAUGACAAUGACCCCGACUACAUCGUGAUGCAGUUUGGACGUGUGGCUGAGGAUGUAUUUACGCUGGACUAUAACUACCCCAUGUGUGCCCUCCAAGCCUUCGCUAUUGGCCUGUCCAGUUUCGACAGCAAACUGGCCUGCGAGUGA